AUGGCCGUGUUCGGCAGCAAGAAGUUCCAGUCCUCGGCGGCUACCAACACCUUCGCCGCCAAGUACCGGGCUCAGAUGGCCAAGCGGCCGUUCCUCCUCUUCGGCUUACCCUUCGUGGCCGUCAUGGUUGCGGGCUCGUUCGUCUUGACGCCGGCCACGGCGAUCCGCUACGAAAAGUACGAUAGACGGGUGCGACAGGUGACCAGGGACGAAGAACUGAAUAUGCGCCGGUCAGCGCGUAAGGUUGACAUGAAGGAAGAAUAUUACCGACUUGCGGCCAAGGACAUCGACAACUGGGAGCAGAAACGUGUCAAGCGAUUUGCCGGCGAACAUGACGGUAUCAUUGGCGAGUAG